AUGAACGAUCUCUGGUAUGGUGUGCUCCUGAACCUUAUUGGCAGCCUCACCAUCAAUGGUGCCACGAACCUGAUGAAGCUGGGCGUGGUGCGACGGGCUGAGGAGCGAGCCUGGCGCAUUGUUUGGUAUGUCGGAGCAUCUCUCUUCGCCGCCGGCAACCUCCUCAACUUCCGGUCACUGAGCCUGGCGCCGCAGACCCUCCUGGCGGCCCUGGGAGCUGUGCAGUUUGUCUCCAACGUCUUCUUUGCCCGCACCCUCCUGGGCGAGGAGGCAGAUGCAUAG